GGUUCUUGGUUAUCUCCAACUUCCCAGCUCAUUGGCCAGUUGCUACCUCAUCACUUUUAAUGAAACCUUCAUUAAAAUGUACCUGUACCUCUUCAUACAUUUUAGUCCUUUGUUAUCUGGGAAGGAGGGUCUGAUAAAUGGAGGGACUCUCAUUUAUAACAUCCUAUACCUAAAAUAACUCUAAAUCCGUGGCUUUAAGGCAAAGUUGGAGCCACUGUUUUGGUGGAAGGAGGCAGCUGAUUGAAGUGAGUGAUUUUUGAGCCACCAGGAAAGGCCACAAUUACUAGUUGUUUAAUUUGUUAUUUUUGUAAUUUUUACUGCCCAGUAUUCUUCGCCUUAUAUGCCAAAAUAACUUUAUGAAUUUGCCAAAGUAAUGGGAUUAAAGAUAGUGGAAAUCCCAAACACCUGCAUGACACUAGAUUGGGAAAUGCUGCCCUAGACAUAUGCCAGUUAGUAAUGAUUUGGAAGGCCCGUGUACUAAAUAUAAGCUCCCUUUAUAUGAGAAGGUUAGUUCGUCACAGAGCAAGAUUACAACCCUGAUGCACUAAUCUUCAGGAUGCAAGGAGUUGAUGAAAAGAGACCGGAGUAUGCAGACAUGUACCCCUCUAUCUGUAUCCUGAAGCAAUCCAAUCCUUCUGGGGAUGCAGCAUGGCUUUCCUCCACAUCUGUUGAGUCUCUCUCUAGAUGAGGACUGUUUUCUCUUGCAGGUGACCUUUGAGGAUGUGGCUGUGUAUUUCACAGAGGAGGAAUGGAAAUUGUUGGAUGAGGACCAAAGAUCUUUGUACAGCGAAGUCAUGAUAGAAAACUAUGAACAUGUAUCUUCCCUCUUAGGAGAUCCUUGGAGGAAGAUUAACGUAUGCACUGAUUUGCAUCUUAUAAGCUGUCAGAUGGGCCACAUAACAGGCAAAGAAUACAGAUGGCAAGACUGUGGGGAAUGUUUUGCUUAUAGUUCACAUCUUAUGAGCUACACAAGAGCCCAAACAAAAAAGAAACUGUACAUAUGCCAGGAGUGUGGGAAAGAUUUUGCUUGCCAUUCUAAACUUGUGAUUCAUCAGAGAAUCCACUCAGGAGAGAAACCAUUCAAAUGUAAGGAAUGUGGAAAAUGUUUUGCUCACAGAUCAGCCUUUGUAACUCAUCACAAAGUCCACACAGGAGAAAAACCAUUCAGAUGUCAGGAAUGUGGGAAAUAUUUUGCUCACAAGUUCGACCUUUUGAAGCAUCAGAGAGUGCACACAGGGGAGAAACCAUACGAAUGUCAGCAGUGUGGGAAAUGUUUUGCUGUCAAGUCAGACCUUUUGAAGCAUCACAGAGUCCACACAGGAGAGAAACCAUACAACUGCCAGCAAUGUGGAAAAUAUUUUGCUCACAAGUCAGUUCUUCUGACUCAUCAGAGAGUCCACACAGGAGAGAGACCAUACAUAUGCCAGCAGUGUGGAAAAUGCUUUGCUCGCAAGGCACACCUUGAGAGACAUCAACGAGGCCAUACGGGAGAGAAACCAUACAAAUGCCAGCAAUGUGGGAAAUGUUUUGCUGACAGAUCUGUCUUUGUGACUCAUCAGAAAAUCCACACAGGAGAAAAACCAUUCAGAUGUAAUGAGUGUGGGAAAUGUUUUGCUCGCAGGCCAGAACUUGUGAUUCAUGAGAGAAUUCACACAGGAGAGAAACCAUACAUGUGCCAGAACUGUGGGAAAAGAUUUGCUUGUCGUUUAAACCUUUUGAGGCAUCAGAGACUCCACACAGGAGAAAAACCAUAUAACUGCCAAUAUUGUGGAAAAUGCUUUGCUCAAAUGUCAGACCUUGUAACUCAUAAGCAAGUCCAUACAGAAGAGACCCCAUACAAAUGCCAUGACUGUGUGAAAUAUUUUGCUCGGAAGUCAUCCCUUUUGAGGCACCUGGCAGCCCAUACAGGAGAGAAACCACACACAUGCCAGGAAUGUGGGAAAUGUUUUGCUCAGAAUUCACACCUUUUGAGGCAUCAGAAGAUCCAUACAGGGGAGAAACCAUUCAGAUGCCAGGACUGUGGGAAGUGCUUUUCUCAGAAUUCACACCUUUUGAGGCAUCAGAAUAAUCACAGUAAAGCAUAGGCUAGCCAGCAGUAUGGAAAAUGUUUUCUUUCGAGAGGCAGCCUUCAUACAUCUACAUUCUGUCUUGUAAUACUCUAUUAUAAUGUUAUUUCAUGCUUUUUCUGCUAUAAAGCUUAAAAGUAUCUUGUGUUUUGGUUUUGAUCCUCCACCAAGAGGGGAGGCAUGUAGGCAGGGGUGUGGGUCUGGGCUCCCCAGAUACUCCCCAGUUUAGGUGUACUUGUGUUUGUUAUUUUUUUGUGGAAAGUGUCUUUGGUUUUUUUCUUUCCAGAGUGUAAGCCUGAACAGGUCUAUAUCACUACAUAGUCUUUGCCUCCAUCUUUGAGCUUGUACAGAUACACAAAAUGGGGGACUGGGUCUCAGCACAGACAAUAGAGGUGAAAGUGGGAUGGUAGAUACAGAUGGGCUUGAAGUUAGAGCUGUGAUGAGCACUGUUGUAUUUUUGUUAAACGCCUUAGAGUCAACUUCAACUCAUGGCAACCCCAUGAAUGAGAUACCUCAAAAGUUGUCCUAUCCCCAACAGCCCUGCUCAGCUCUGCAGCUCCAGGACCAUGUCCUUCCUGAUUGAGUCUAUCAGUCUCUUCAGAAUCCAGAGGAGGUUGAAUCUCCCUUAUCCAGAAUUCCAAAAUAUUCCAAAAUUGUCCACAUGAGUGGCUGAGAUAGUGAGACCUUUGCUUUCUGAUGAUUCAGUGUGCACAUACAU